AUGGAUCUCAGGAGGAGAGUGAAACAUCUCCAGACACUGGCCCAUGAAUAUCAACAAGAUCCGGGCCUCAUGGGAACCAAGCAGCUCACCAUACUGCAGGCCCAUGUGGAGAAUAUAUGGAACGCUUACACAGAUGCCUUUGGCAGAAAAGCAGACAAGGAGGAAAACAAGUCGGAGGUCACCACCAGCGAUGAAAGUGAUUCUGACAUUGAUGAAGAUGGUGAGAUCCUUGAACCAGGCCAUGAUGUCCUCCAAGAGAUGGGUGAUGAAAACGUGAGGCUCACCAGCGAGAUGAUGGAUCAGGCAGAUGAGAAGAGAGAAGAGGCUUUCGAUGCCCUUGAGGAAGGUGAUCUCCAAAGAGCCCUUGAGUUGUUCACGGAGGCCAUCAAGCUGAACCCCCAGUCCAGUGUGAUGUACAUCAACAGAGCAAGUGUCUUCGUGAAACUGAAGAAACCAACCGCUGCCAUCAGAGACUGUAACAAGGCCUCUGAGAUCAACUCCAAAUCUGCACUGCCAUAUAAAUGGCGGGGGAAGGCCUACAUCCUCCUGGGGCAGUGGAAGAAAGCUGCCGAGGACUUCACCAGGGCUUGCCAGUGGGAUUGUGAUGAAGAAACAAAUGCUUUGCUUCAAAUGGUGCGGCUCAGACUGCAGAAAAUUGCAGAAUAUAAUCAAAAAUAUGAGCAAAAGCAAAAGCUAAAGGCCAUUCAGGAGCGGCUAGAGAAAGUGAGACUGGCUCUGGAGGAGCAAGAGUCCAUCCAGCGAGAGAAGAAUUCCUGGGACGAAAUGGCGAGAGCAGGUCGGAAGCAUCUCAAAUUCCUCUUCAUGCUCUUGGAUCCCAGGAUGCUGAUGUCUUUCCUGGAUGUAGUUUGGAAUCCAGAAAACAUCUACAAAUACCGAAAGAAAAACUUCCUCAUCAAGCUCACUCGCAAACCUUGA